ACGGCAUAUUUCGGACAUUUUCCUUGUAUAAUUUCUGACAAAGAUGUUUUUGUUUUGUAAUUUUCUAAUUAACGAUCAGUGAAUUGCGUUUGUCGGUAUCAUCUUGACAUUUUGUUAGCAUCAGGAACCAAAUAUGCCGCGUAAAAGACGUCGAGAUAGGUCAGAAGUCAGCUGCGUGAUAAAAUACCUGAUGUUUGGUUUCAACGUUCUGUUCUGGCUGGUUGGGACAGGGAUCUGUGCUAUCGGACUAUGGGCUUGGACGGAGAAGGACAUGAUGACAAACAUCGGGAGACUCACCAAUGUGGCACUGGACCCAGCGAUGAUCUUCAUCAUAAUUGGAGGCCUCAUGUUCAUCAUAGGAUUUGCUGGUUGUGUAGGAGCCCUGAGGGAGAACACCAAACUUCUAUUGUUUUUUUCCAUCGUUGUUGGGUGUAUAUUCUUCGUUGAACUCGUGUUUGCCGUUCUUGCAUUUGUGUACAAGGACUGGGUCCAGUCUCAGGUGAAAUCCCAGCUUCAUAACAUGAUUGUGAACUACCGUGAUGAUCCAGACUUGCAGAACCUUGUCGACUGGAUACAGAGGGACUGGUUGAAGUGUUGUGGGGUGGCAGCGUACCGUGACUGGGAGCAAAACAUCUACUUCAACUGCUCCUCGCCCGGCGGUGAGGCAUGUGGGGUGCCGUUCUCUUGCUGCAGACCCACCCAGGCAGUCAUUGUAAACAGGCACUGUGGAUUUGAUAUAAUGAAACCAUCACAUGAUUUUGAACGGAGUAGUAUUAUAUACACUGAGGGGUGUAUACCAGCUGGUGAGGCGUGGUUUGAGAAGAAUAUUAUCCCAGUCGCUUCUGUGGCAGUUGCUUUGGCUGUUCUACAGAUCCUGGGUAUAUGUUUUGCUCACAACCUGCGAGGCGACAUCAAUGCACAAAGGGCCAGAUGGCGCCGCCCCUAGUCCAUCAUACAUUCUCUCACACGCCUACACUCUUUCAUACUUCCAUUUGAUGUUGUUUGCAGAGGAUGGUUCACUCGUACUUGCUUAUGUUCAGUGCAUACAGCAUGAUACUCCGCAGAGCUGUCAGUAUACCACAGUAGCCAUAUGAAUAGUCCAUGAUAUAUACUGAUAUGAAAACGUAAGCCAUACUAUUUGAUUGUGUUUUCAAAUAAUGCAUCACACACACUGUGUUGACAUAUUAUUGGUUUAAAACUGUUGUGUUUCUGAUUACAAGGUAUUAACAAACAGCUUUUUUUUACCCUCUGAAGUAGCGAAAAUAAAAAUACUGUAAUGAGAAUAACUUUGACACAAAGAUAAUGUGUUAAAAAAAUUGUAAGGCAUAAAUGCUCUGCUGUUUUUGACAACAUCCGUGUGCAAAUAGUGAUUAGGGUGGUACACAAUAUACAAAGGCUUUUUCGUUUGCUUGGAAACAAAUUGGAACUUUGUCUUGUCAGAGAAUCAUGUGGUUCAGUGUAAUGUGUGCAACUAGUUUUGACAUACAAUGAUUAUGUGAAUAUUUCGUUACAAAAGUUAUAAUUAUUUCCAUUGUGUCAACGAUAUAUUAUUGUUUUUGUAUUUAACCUUUUUUUGGUACCUCAUAUUGUUUAAUUGCUGAAUUAAAUCAGCUCUACUUUUGAGAUGUAAAAGAAUGUAUAUGGUGAUAAAUAAAAACAGUGACAUUGUUACAAAAAGUCAUAUAAGAGGCUUGUUUUAAUGUUUCUUUUAUGUUUUUUGUAACAUUUUUUUAUAAUACUUCUAGUCCAUUAUUUUCUUAAUUUGCAAAAUAUGGCAGACUGGCAUAUCUAGGCAGUGAGUAUUGUACAAACUGAUUUUCAGUUCAAUUAUUGUUUGUGUGUUUCAACAAUAAGAAAACACAAGGCUUGUGGAAAGAUGAAUAUCUGUUAGUUUAAAUAAGUUGACUUAGAACAUUUAGGCCUUGUGCAUGCACAUGGGUCCCAAACAUAUUUUAAUGUUUUUGUAACUAAAACAGCCUAAAUGGUUUGGGGAAUUGUUUAUUUCUUACCAAAGCAAUGUAGAUUUAGUAAAACUAUUUUCAAACACAUAGUGUAGUAGUUACCUUGUUCUGCAGCUUGGUCAUAUCAAAGUGUUCUUUAUCCAAUUGUGUAUGUUAAAAAGCCGAAGCCAAAGGUUGCAUUCAACCAAAGCAUUAGAACAUGUCUAUUAUCCCUCAAACACUUUGAUUAUGGAAAAAAUUAAAAUCAUAACAUAAGUUGUCAAGUUGGUAUUGUAACUCCUGAAUGAUACUUGAUAUCUUUUCAUACCCUUUCAUUUCCCACAGUCAGAUUCACUAUUUUUCGAUAUUUGUUAAGUAUUUUAUAUUGUUUAAUUUACGUUUGAAAAUUGUGUUUUAAAUGACUUUUACACAUUUCAGAACCUUCUUUAUGUUAUUUUUUUUGUCUUUUAGUUUGUACAUUUCCUUUAUGCUUAUUUUACAUUUUAUUGAAUUAUUUUCAUAUUAAGUUUAUAAUUGUGUGCUUAGCAUUCUUUUCAUAUAUUAUCACUAAAUGUUCAAGAUUUGCAAUUAAUUUCUUAUGUAUGCUUAGUUAGUGGAAGAAAUACCAGAUUAAGAUCUCAAACAUGAUUUGCAAAGAGUUGAGCGUAAUAAUAUUGUAUCUUUAGAACAUUUAUGUAUCAUAUAAUACAAUAUUGUCAUGCUCAAUCUGUGUAUGUUAGCCGCACAGGUAGAUAAUCAAAAUCAAAACAUUCAUGCCUUUCUCCAUCCAUUUGUCAGUCAAGAAGUUGUAGUUAUGGUUGCAAUGUACAGCCGGCUCCUCAUUUGCUUAUUAUAACAUCUGAGCCAUGUUCUGAACAUCCGGGGUUUAAUGCAUGAGCAUAAAGCGUCGUCUCAGAUUAGCCUGUGAAAUGCACAUCAGGGACGGCACUUUUGGCUUUUAUGGAUUUCUCAUUUGGUCCAGUUUUCCCAGAACAAGGUUCCUAUAUCACUGUUGGUAUGGUAAGCAAGUAAUAAUUCACUGUUAUGGUAAGGAAGUAAUAAAUCACUGUUAUGGUAAGGAAGUAAUAAUUCACUGUUAUGGUAAGGAAGUAAUAAUUCACUUUUAUGGUAAGGAAGUAAUAAAUCACUGUUAUGGUAAGGAAGUAAUAAAUCACUGUUAUGGUAAGGAAGUAAUAAUUCACUGUUAUGGUAAGGAAGUAAUAAUUCACUGUUAUGGUAAGGAAGUAAUAAAUCACUGUUAUGGUAAGGAAGUAAUAAUUUAGAUUAAUAAUUAUUCCUGCUUUCAGAUGCAUUUAGAUGAUUCCUCCCUGUAAAUUAAAUCUUAAAAUUGUGGUUUGUGACAAUUUUGAACAACUAGCCUCUUCAACAUGUCAAGGGAAAAUAGCAUUCUGGAUCACACUUCAAACCCCUUCCCAGUUUGUGUGCGCAAAAGUUUCAAUCGCUGGUAAAUAUGAGCUGUGUAUCUUUCUUUUACUACCAGACACUGUUCAGGUGAAUUUGAGUGAAUUUCUAGAGAGGAAAGGGUAUUUCUGAAUUCCCCCUCCCUACCCACCCUCCCAAAUGGUCUGCUCAAUUGUAACAUUUCUGGUCAAUGUGUGCUGGGUCUCAUAUUCAAAAUGAUCAUGAAGUAUUCUAGUUUAGUAUUGAAGAUCUAAAAUAAAUUAAUUAUUGUUAUGGUUGUUUGUUAAUGUUGUAAUCUUUAGUCAGUUUUUGCAUAAUAUUACAGAUUUAGCUUAUGUUUAAACCACUACUUCUGAAUUUAUUGAUCUUUAUUUGUGCUCUGAAAUAUGUUCACAUACAUGUUUAUAACAUAUGAAUUUGUUUGACCUGUCAAUUUUUAUAUGGACCAUCAUGUUCAAUAAAAAACACAGAUUAUAGUAUAUUUUAUGCAUGUACUUAUUUAAUUAUUAAUACAUGCAUAUGUUUAAUGCCAUUUCAUGCAUGAUUAUGAACUAGAUAAAUUGCUCAUCAUCAUGUUAAGAAGGCAAACCAGGGUAGAAUAGAUUUAUUUAAGUGUGUGAUUUUGUCGUUAAUGUAGUGAAUUGAUUAGUGUACAAAGUGCAUCUAACAUUAAUUUUAAGAACUGUUAUGCUGAUGUUAUGAUAGUCAUGUGCUUCAGAAACAUGAUUAAAGGCACUUAGUAUCAGAUUUAAAUUCUAUUUUAUUAAGAACAUAACUGAUAACGUAUUUAAAUACAUAUUAAAAAAAAUUACAAGCUCCAAUUUAAACUCUAUUCUCUGGGUAGCUUAGAUUGUUAUUGCAUUUAUUUUGAUGUAAAACCCUUGUAAUAAAUGGAGAAACAUUUGUUUUCAAGAAUGAAAAGGGAUAAAACUAUAUAGAAUUAUUCUGCAUUGAAUAAGUUCUUAUUUUAAUUCACUGAAUAUUGUAACAAUAAUGUGAGAGAUAUUAUUUCAAACAUAUUUUUCAUGGCCAUGCGUAGUUGUAAUGCUUUAUUUUAUGUUUUCCUGUGGUUUAUAGAAAAAUAUCAGUGAACAAAAACUGAUAAUUCACUGUUUCAAACAGUGAAAAAUAACAUAAUUUUCACUAUUUUACUGUGAAAUGACGUCAUUUUUUGACAAUAUGAUGUCAUUAUUCCAGCGAAAUUCUCCAAUUAAACUCUUUUACAACGUAAAUAAUCAGUGAAAAAAGGCAUAAUAUAAAAAGAAAAUGUAUUGGAUUCGGUGAAAUAUUUAUUUUAAUUCACUCGUGAUGAUAGAAAAUAUAUAUAUUUACAUUUGUGGCUGUGCCACUCGUAAACAUAUUAUUUUCUAUGAUCACUUGUGAAUUCAAAUCGAUAUUCCACUGAAUCCAACAAAUAUCCUUUUUGUAAUACCCUUGAUGUUCAUGGCACCAUUGAAAUUUGUAAUAUGCUUAUCUGACAAUAUGGUCCUUUACUGUAUGCAAUAAACAGUAUAGAAAUUAAAAGUAGAGUAUUUUAACAGUAUUCAGUCUAAGUGUUGAAAGUAUUCAGUCUAAGUGUUGAAAGUAUUCAGUCUAAGUGUUGAAAGUAUUCAGUCUAAGUGUUUAAAGUAUUCAGUCUAAGUGUUGAAAGUAUUCAGUCUAAGUGUUUUUUAUUUGAGUCUUGCUCUGGAAAAAGGUGGCUUAAUUUAUUUGCUUGAAGUAGCAUCCCAUAUUAUCCUGUGAACACUGCACAGUCUAAUUUAUGUGCUUGAAGUAUCAUCCCAGAUUAUCCUGUGAACACUGCACAGUCUAAUUUAUGUGCUUGAAGUAUCAUCCCAGAUUAUCCUGUGAACACUGCACAGUCUAAUCCAUGAUGACACUUUAUGUGCUUGAAGUAUCAUCCCAGAUUAUCCUGUGAACACUGCACAGUCUAAUCCAUGAUGACACUUUAUGUGCUUGAAGUAUCAUCCCAGAUUAUCCUGUGAACACUGCACAGUCUAAUUUAUGUGCUUGAAGUAUCAUCCCAGAUUAUCCUGUGAACACUGCACAGUCUAAUCCAUGAUGACACUUUAUGUGCUUGAAGUAUCAUCCCAGAUUAUCCUGUAAACACUACACAGUCUAAUUUAUUUGCUUGAAGUAUCAUCCCAGAUUAUCCUGUAAACACUGCACAGUCUAUGUGCUUGAAGUAUCAACCCAGACUAUCCUGUGAAGACUGCACAGUCUAUGUGCUUGAAGUAUCAUCCCAGACUAUCCUGUGAAGACUGCACAGUCUAUGUGCUUGAAGUAUCAUCCCAGACUAUCCUGUGAAGACUGCACAGUCUAUGUGCUUGAAGUAUCAUCCCAGACUAUCCUGUGAAGACUGCACAGUCUAUGUGCUUGAAGUAUCAUCCCAGACUAUCCUGUGAAGACUGCACAGUCUUUAUGUGCUUGAAGUAUCAUCCCAGACUAUCCUGUGAAGACUGCACAGUCUAUGUGCUUGAAGUAUCAUCCCAGACUAUCCUGUGAAGACUGCACAGUCUAUGUGCUUGAAGUAUCAUCCCAGACUAUCCUGUGAAGACUGCACAGUCUAUGUGCUUGAAGUAUCAUCCCAGACUAUCCUGUGAAGACUGCACAGUCUAAUCCAUGAUGACACUUUACGCACAUGAAUUAAGCCCUGUUUUCCCAGAGAGAGGCCUAUUUCAAUGUGUAUUUGUAUGUUAUGUCUCAGGUCCGAAUAGAAAUAAAAGUAUAUGUGUACUUUGGUGUUGUUAACAUUUACCUGCAGCAAUUGUUGUAUAGUUUUCCUUUCAUGUAGAGAGAAUUCAAAUUAACAUAGAGAUUGGUUGAAUGCUUGAAAAUUUGUUUCAAAGCCGUUUAGAUCAAUAAAUUGUGUUUGGUUCUUAUCUUUUACAGAAAGUAAUUGAGGAAUUAUUAGCUUUCAAUUAUUAAGGAAUUAUUAGCUGUAAAUUAUUAACUAUAAAUCUAUAGGGAAUAUCAAACGACAGUUGUGUUACGAUGGGUUGUGUUGCCUGUUCUAAUUGUGUUAUGUUUUAUUUCACAAGCCCAAAUACUUUACACAUUAACUUUUUCACACUAUCAAUAGAAACCAAAGUUUGUUGUUAUUAUAUACAUGAACCUUCUUACAAUUUAAACAAUGUUACAAGUAACAAACUCAACAACUGAUUUAUAUGUUCCAGAGAUAAACUGUCUUCUGUAGCUGAUAAUUAAAAUACACGUGCAUUUCAGUCAGAGUAUCUAUAGGUAUAAAUGGUGAAAUAAUUAUAAUUGUGUAUCAUUGAACAGCAUUGUAUUUUCUAGAGUUAUUACUACAGGAUUUUCUAUUUUCACCAAUUAUGUACUUCCACUUCGUAUUAUGUCACAAAUUGUUUUUAGCUCACCCUAGCAAAACGUGCUCAUGGUGAGCUUUUGUGAUCACCUUUUGUCCGUCGUGCGUUGUCCGUUGUACGACGUCAACAUUUGCCUUGUUCACUCUCAAGAGGCCACAUUUAUUGUCCAAUCUUCAUGAAAUUUGGUCAGAAGAUUGGUUUCAAUGAUAUCUUGGAUGAGUUCGAAAAUGGUUACGUUUGCUUGAAAAACAUGGCUGCCAAGGGACGGGGCAUUUUUCCUUAUAUGGCUAUAGUAAAAUCUUGUUAACACUCUAGAGGCCACAUUUAUUGUCUAAUCUUCAUGAAACUUGGUCAGAAGAUUUAUCCCAAUAAUAUCUUGGACGAGUUCGAAAAUGAUGCCGGUUGGUUGAAAAACAUGGCCGCCAGGUGGCAGGGCAUUUUUUUCUUAUAUGGCUAUAGUAAAACCUUGUUAACACUCUAGAGGCCACAUUUAUUUUCCGAUCUUCAUGAAACUUGCUCAGAAGAUUUGUCCCACUGAUAUCUUAGAUGAGUUCAAAAAUGGUAACCUUUGCUUGAAAAACAUGGCUGCCAAGGGGCGGGGCAUUUUUCCUUAUAUGGCUAUGUAUGGCUAUAGUAAAAUCUUGUUAACACUCUAGAGGCCACAUUUCUUGUCCAAUCUUUAUAAAACUUGGUCAGAAGAUUCAUCCCAAUAAUAUCUUGGACGAGUUCGGUUGGUUGAAAAACAUGGCCGCCAGGGGGCGUGGCAUUUUUCCUUAUAUGGCUUUAGUAAAACCUUGUUUACACUCUAGUGGCCACAUUUAUUGUCCAAUCUUGAUGAAAUAUAGUCAGAAGAUUUGUCUUAAUGAUAUCUUGGAUGAGUUUGAAAAUGGUUACGUUUGCCUAAAGAACAUGGCCGCCAAAGGGCGGGGCAUUUUUCCUUAUAUGGCUAGAUAAGGCUAUAGUCAAAUCUUGUUAACACUCUAGAAGCCACAUUUAUAGUCCGAUCUCCAUGAAACUCAGUCAGAAGAUUCAACCCAAUAAUAUCUUGGAGGUGUUCAGAAAUGAUGCCGGUUGGUUGAAAAACAUGGCCACCACAGGGGCGGGGUUAUUUUCCUAAUAUGGCUAUAGUAAAACUUUAAUUUUGUUAACACUCUAGAGGUCACAUUUAUUAUCCGAUCAUCAUGAAACUUGGUGAGAAGAUUUGUCCCAAUGAUAUCAUGGAUGAGUUUGAAAAUGGUUUUGAUUGCUUUAAAAACAUGGCCACCAGGGGUGGGCAUUUUUCCUUACAUGGCUAUAGUAAAACCUUGUUAACACUCUAGAGGCCACAUUUACUGUUCGAUCUUCAUGAAACUUGGUCAGAAGAUUCAUCCUGAUAAUAUCUUGAAUCAGUUCAAAAAUGAUGCCGGUAGGUUGAAAAACAUGGCUGCCAGGGGGCGUGGCAUUUUUCCUUAUAUGGCUAUAGAAAAACCUUGUUAACACUCUAGAGGCCACAUUUAUUUUCCGAUCUUCGUGAAACUCUGUCAGAAGAUUUGUCUCAAUAAUAUCUUGUUAUCUCAGGUGAGCGACUUUGGGCCUUUCAGGCCCUCUUGUUUAUUUAAUUAAUUCACAGAAAUUAUUAUUAAUUAUAGCAGAAAAGCACACGUUAAAUAUUCAAUAUCAUUACACAGCACAAACUUUUGAUAUUGUAUAUUUUAGCACUGACAUGGUUUUGUUUGGCCAACUUAAUAGCAAUUAUUGGCUACUUGUUCCCAAUUUAAAGUUUUUUGUCACCAUUUUCAUAGCUAUAAUGUACAAUCCCAAAAUGAUGGCAAAAAGCCCCAAUUCAUGUGGACCUUAACAAUAACGAACCUUAUAAAAUGUAAACCAAAAUGUGUGUUCAAUGGCUUUGUGCAUUUACGAGUAUAUCAAGUUAAUUGUGUAUUUGUUAGUCAUGUUUCUUGUUUGUACUCAUGUGUUUCAUGUACAUGCGAUGUGAAGUGUACUAUAACGCAUACAAUAUAAUUGUUUUGUAA